UUAACGUUUUGACUUUUUCUGUGUUUCAGAGUUGGGCGGAUUUUAUUGGCUCUGUACCGACCUGUUGCUUAGGGACAUUAUGUUCUCAUUACAUUUGAAUGACAUUUGAGUUAAAACUCAAAGUCAUUUUAGGGUUGAAGAGGAUUCAUCCUACACAUCAAACACACCCACGUGCAUGUCACAGUCUAAAUGGAUCCACAGUGCCACCUGAUAAUGUAGCAGAGAAAGAGGUAGGCUGCCAGGUCAACUCUGUUUAUCAAAACGUCAGAGGAGGAGGAGAGCAGUGAGUGAUGAAAGAAGAUAGAGAGCUGAGAUGACAGCUGGCUGAUGGGGGGAGAGAUAGAGGUCUGGAGGUUACGUGUGAGGGAGAAAUGAGAAACGUCAGUGGCUGCAACAAGCUAAACCCAGACAGACAGAACAAGACACAACAGAGUAUGGCAGAAACCCCAGCAGAGCCUCAGAUUGACUGUGAGCUGCAGCCCCCAUCUAAUACCCUUUCUGAGCCUCAGCUCCAGUACCAACUACAUCCUCUCUCUGAUCCCAAGCCACUACCCCAGCCUGAUACCCUUCCCCUGCCCCAGCCUCAGCCGGAUAGCCUUCCUGGGCCCCAGCUCCUACCCCAGCCUGAUACCCUUCCCCAGCCUUGGCCCCUGCCCCAGCCACAGCCGGAUAGCCUUCCUGAGCCCCAGCUCCUACCCCAGCCUGAUACCCUCCCUGAGCCCCAGCCACUACCCCAGCCUGAUACCCUUCCCCAGCCCCUGCCCCAGCCUCAGCCGGAUAGCCUUCCUGAGCCCCAGCUCCUACCCCAGCCUGAUACCCUCCCUGAGCCCCAGCCCCGGCCUCAGCCAGAUAGCCUUCCUGGGCCCCAGCUCCUACCCCAGCCUGAUACCCUCCCUGAGCCUCAGCCACUACCCCAGCCUGAUACCGUUCCCCAGCCCCUGACUCAGUCGGAUAGCCUUCCUGGGCCCCAGCUCCUACCCCAGCCUGAUACCCUCCCUGAGCCCCAGCCCCCGUCUGAAGAGGAGGUGAAGCCCUGGGUGUGGACACGUCACUGCGUACUCCUUCUUUUCCUCCUGGCAUCCUCCUUCUGUGCCUCCAUAGUGGGCCUGGCCUACUACUCCCAGCAGCACCUCCCACCAGAGAGCACACCGCCAGCCUCUCCUCCAUGUACCUCCCCGGCUUGUCAGAGGGCUACCGCCCGUCUUUCCAUCUCAGUCGACCCCUUCUCUCAGCCCUGUGACUACUUCCUGUUUCCCUGUGGGUCUGAAGGGGCGUCUCUGUCCAACAGGGGGAGACAGAGGGGCAAGGGCAUGCCCCUACACCCACAGGGCCACAAGAGCAGGGCAGCACAGGCAGAGAAAGAGAGAGAAAGAGGGAGGAAGGAGAGAGAGACAGGCACGGACAUAAUAGAAAAGGCUCCAGCAGACAGAAUGCCAGACAGACAGACUGCACUACUGCUGACAAUGAGGGAGAUUUUGGAAGCUGAGGACCGCUCCAGCCCGGGUAACUCAGCGAAGCAGAAGGCCUGUAUGUUCUACCGUUCCUGUAUGGACACUGGCCCCACAGAGUCCGCCGGGCCAGAACCUUUCCUCAGGCUAGUCCACAAGCUGGGUGGCUGGGCUGUAUCAGGCCGGUGGAACCAGACAGAUUUCAACUCCACUCUGUCUCUACUGAUGAGAGACUAUGGCACCUUCCCAUUCUUUAGUGUUUAUGUGGGCAAGGAUCCUAACGACACUCAAGGAGACAAGCGAUACAUACAGAUUGAUCAGCCGGAUUUUCAGAUACCUACUGAAUGGAGCAGCAAGACUCAGAAGUCCAAAGCUAACACCCAGAUCCUGCGUCUGUUCCUGGCCUCGUAUCAGAGGUUGCUGGCCCUGUUGGGCUCUCCCUCCAGCAGCACCAUUCUCCAUAUAGGCCUGUUUAUCUCUCUGUCCUCUGAACUGGCUGUAGCUGCCUCUCCUCUGCCGCAUCGCCUGCAACAGGGGCUGCUGUACCAGCGCAUCACCAUCAAAGAGCUACAGACCCUGGCCCCUGCCAUUGAUUGGCUGAGCUGUCUACAGACCACCUUCCAUCCCCACCCUGUUAGCCAAUCGGAUCACGUCCUCCUGCACAACCUCCCUUACAUAGUCCACAUGUCCCGCAUCAUCGGCAAAUGGCUGAACAAGCAUGAAUUGAGUGGCAGUGGCCCUCUUCACACCUUCAUGGUCCUCAGUCUCCUCCACACUGUCAUACCCGCGCUGGACUCCAGGUUCACUCAGACAGAGAGGAACUUCUCCUUAGCUCUGGGGACUACAGAGGAGGAUGUCCCUCGCUGGAGGCAGUGUGUUCUGCAGACUGAGAAAGGGUUUGACACGGUACUAAAACACAUACUGAGAGAGAACACCGCAUACACAGAGGCAGAGGAGCUGAUUCAGAAUGUCUAUUCCUCCAUCAAGUCCAAACUACCUGAUCUCAGGUGGAGAGAUGAGGAGUCUCGCAUGUCUGUUUUGAAUAAGAUUCAGUCUCUAACUCCAAGACUUUCAACUAAAAACAACAUUUUCAGUGAAGCUGAACUCAACCAACUGUAUUCAAAGGUGACAAUUGACGAACACAUGUAUUUCUCCAACUACAUCCAGUCUCUCUCCCUCCAGCGCCAGAGACCAAGCAAACUCUUUUCCCAGGCUGAAGGAGAUGAUAUUUGGUCCCUCACUCCAUUUAUCUCCGGCAAUGAGCUAGUCUUUCCCAUAGGGAUGUUUGUCCAGCCUCUCUUCCACCCUACCUAUCCCAGGGCCAUCAACUUUGGGGUUUUGGGAUCUUUGAUGGCCAAAGAUAUUCUCCAUCUCCUUCUUCCCAACAUCCAUUCUCAGAGUGUGUCUCCCAGGUCCAUAGCAGAGUGUGUGCGGUACCAGUACCUGAGUAUGACAGAGGGACCAGGGAGAGAGGGGGCGUUCUCGCUGUCACCAGCACAGCAGCAGGAGAUGUGGGUGCAGUACUCUGCUCUGCAGAUCGCACUACAGGCUUACAAUCAGAGUUUGAAGAAGUAUCCUGGCGACUCCUCUCUCUCAGGCCUCUCUCACACUCAUCUGUUCCUUACUUCAUUCACUCAGAUCAACUGCGACUCUGACCCGUACCACGAGUUCAUGCCCUUUGAACCUUCCUUUCUGGUUACUGUCAUCUGUGGGUACUCUAACCUCUGCCCUACGACCCUCUCCUGCCCCAACAAACCCCAGCAGCACCUCUUAGGGACAUGCUGACCUACAGAUCUACAGUAACAUCUCCUACCAAACAAAAAAUGCAGAGCCAUUGAUGAACACACAAGACUGUGAUUUAAACAGAUCAGUGUGCCCCCCCCCAGCGGGACGGUUGAGCUAAUGUAGGCUAAUAUGAUUAGCAUGAGGUUGUAAGUAACGAAAAAAUAAUAAUCUGAGGACAUAAACAUAUCUGAUAUGGGCAGAAGGCUUAAAUUCUUGUUAAUCUAAUUGUCCUGUCCAAUUUACAGUAGAUAUUACAGUGAAAUAAUACCUUACUAUUGUUUGAGAAGAGUGCACAAUUAUGAACUUGAAAAUGUAUUAAUAAACCAAUUAGGCACAUUUGGACAGUCUUGAAACAACAUUUUGAACAGAUAUACAAUGGUUCAUUGGAUCAGUCUAACACUUUGCACAUACACUGCUGCCAUCUAGUGGCCAAAAUCAAAAUUGCGUCUGGGCUGGAAUAAUACAUUAUGGCCUUUCUCUUGCAUUUCAAAGAUGAUGGUACAAAAAAAAAUUCAUGUUUUUUUAUUUGUAUUAUCUUUUACCAGAUCUAAUGUGUUAUAUUCUCCUACAUUAAUUGAAUAUUUCCACAAACUUCAAAGUGUUUCCUUUCAAAUGGUAUGAAGAAUAUGCAUAUCCUUGCUUCAGGUCCUGAGCUACAGGCAGUUAGAUUUGGGUAUGUCAUUUUAGGCAAACAUAAAAAAAAAAGGGUCAGAUCUUUAAGAAGGCACAUCCAUCAUUAGGCACAUCCAUCCAGUCUCUUGUGACAUCCUGUGCAUGGGAGAUUUGUUUCUGGGUUCUGAGAUAAAACUAUGCACAUCGUCUGUGUUUUAUUUAAAACUGCAGUAUGUAACAAGCACCUUGUUAUCCAUAAGGAUACUAUUAGUUAUGUUUGGAGGUUCAGGUCUGCUUACCUUUGUUAAAUGUAGAGGAGAGUGUGUCUGCCAGUUUAGAUGGUGCCAAAGACACAAACAGUGUUGAAAAAGUGUGUAUGAAGUGUGUGGAUGUAAAUGAAUAGGGAAAGGGGGAUAUCUAGUCAGUUUUACAACUGAAUGCAUUCAACUGAAAUGUGUCUUGCGCAUUUAACCCAAUCCCUCUGAAUCAGAGGUGCGGUCAUAGAUAUAGGGCUGAUAAUUUUACAAAAUAAAGUUGAUUUUUUAAUGUGAA